CAUCACUGACUGAGGUAAACUCAUUCAGUCCUUCAAUGCCAAUAUCCCCCUCAUCAAUGAUAAACCAGUAUAAAUUUGAAGAUGAACCAGAAUUAAGAGAUCUCUUCAUUACAGUCGAUGAUCCUGAAAGCCACAUUACAGCCAUUGAAACAUUUAUUACAUAUAGAGUAGUCACAAAGACAUCUCGUGGUGAAUUUGACUCCAGUGAAUAUGAAGUUCGAAGACGAUACCAGGAUUUCCUUUGGUUGAAGAGCAAACUUGAAGAAGCACAUCCGACACUGAUUAUUCCUCCAUUGCCUGAAAAAUUCAUAAUGAAAGGAAUGGUGGAACGAUUUAGUGAUGAAUUCAUUGAGACUCGAAGAAAAGCUUUACAUAAAUUUUUGAACCGUAUUGCUGAUCAUCCAACUUUAACUUUUAAUGAAGACUUCAAAAUUUUUCUUACUGCGCAGGCCUGGGAACUCUCCUCACACAAGAAGCAGGGUCCCAGUUUGCUGAGCAGGAUGGGACAGACCGUCAGAGCUGUAGCAUCCUCAGUGAGAGGAGUUAAAAAUCGUCCUGAAAUGUUUACAGAAAUGAAUGAUUACAUGGAAACAUUUAGUCAGAAAAUAAACGUACUAGACAAAAUAGCUCAUAGAAUUUACAAGGAAGAAAGGGAGUAUUUUAAUGAAAUGAAGGAAUACGGCCCCAUCCACACACUCUGGUCAGCAUCGGAAGAAGAUAUAGCAGACUCCCUAAAAGGUGUUGCCAGCUGCAUCGACAAGUGUUGCAAGGCUACGGAGAAGCAAAUGGCAGGGCUCUCAGAAAACCUGCUGCCGAUUUUGCAUGAAUACGUUCUCUACAGUGAAAUUCUGAUGGGUGUUUUGAAAAGGAGAGACCAAAUUCAAGGCGAGCUCGACUCCAAAGUUGAUGCUUUAGCCAAUAAAAAGACAGAAAAGGAUCUGUUCUCAGAAGAGAUUGGGAAACUUGAAGACAAAGUCGAAUGUGCCAAUAAUGCUCUGAAAGCGGAUUGGGACAGGUGGAAGCAAAACAUGCAGUGUGAUAUGAGAUCAACAUUCACUAAUGUGGCUGAGAAUAAUCUCCGUUAUUAUGAAGAGUGCCUUGCUACAUGGGAGUCCUUCCUAGCAUCUCAAACAGUGGAUCUUCAUGUGGAAGAAGAUUCUGAAGAUAGGCCUUGAGUAAUAUCUCUGCUCGAGCUCUGCCUUUUCCAUGCAGUUUCUCCCAACCAAAGAAGUGCUUUAUACGAGAUCAGAUACAUUAUUAAAUUUAACUGUUAAAAAUCAGUGAAAUGCAGGAAACCAGCUUAUUGAAAACUCAGGUAUUCUAGUCCUGAAAUACAUUUUGGAACGUGCUAUAUAUUGCUUUAUAUUGCUUAGCUGUGAUUUUACAUAUUUUUAUGCAAGUGUUUGCAUAUAAUUGUUUUCAUAAAUAUUGCAUAAUUUGGAUAUAAAGUAUUUUAAAUAUGUAAAAAUAGCUCCAUUUUAAUAAAAAGUUUAAUAA